AUGGACCUCAUUUUGUACCGUUACGACAUCGUCAAGAUUGAGCCCGAAGUUGCUGGCCAAAAGCGAGCGCGGGUGAUCCAUUUGCUGGAGACGCAUGAGGGGUGUCAAUACAGGAAAGAUAUGGUUACUUAUUUCAAAGCCACUCUCAUCACCAGCAGAAAAUUGGGAAAGGACAGUGACCAGAUUCGCGUGGUCUACAGUGGCGAAGGUGAAGAUGUCACGGGCCCAAGUUCCCGAGAUAAACGGUCCGAACGGCCUCUCGGCUAA